AUGGCUGUCCCUCAACUGGACCCGGCCAAGCUGCAGCUUGUUCAAGAGCUGGAAAUUGAGAUGAUGUCAGACAUGUACAACAGGCUUGUGAGUGCCUGCCACCAGAAGUGCAUCCCUGUCAAAUAUCAUGAGGCUGAGCUUGGAAAGGGUGAAUCAGUGUGUCUGGACCGAUGUGUGGCCAAGUAUCUGGAUGUGCAUGAGAGAAUAGGCAAGAAACUAUCCAACAUGUCGCAGGGAGAAGCCGAGGACUUGACCAAAAUCAACCUUCAGGAGAAGAAAUAGUCGACAUACCGUACUUAGUUCAGUUGUAAUGUAGGCCAUAAAAUGUGUUCACAGUGGUAUCUAUUUUGACUUUUGUUUCCAAUAUUUUGUAUUAACACACUAGCUUAUAAUACUACAGUUCUAGUCAAUGUAUUGUUUACCAACAAUUAGAAAUUAAAGUAGAAAAUGCAUGUCACACACAUUUGUUUAUUUUUAAUUAUGUAUUGUUUGUUUAUUAAACGUUAUUCAAAAUAUACUAAUUGUUCUAAGCUUAUUAAUCAAAUUUAUUGUGAUUAAUAAAACAUUAUAAUUAUUAUUAGAUGCGAAAUGACUAGCGAUUUAUACCCUCAUAUUUAAUUUGUUGGUAAACAGUACACGUUGAGUAAAGCUUUAGUAUCACAACACCAAUUUGCAACCAAAAUCAUCAAUAGCAAAGCACCUCACAGCUUAAUUUAUCAUUGAUGUGCCUAUUGAAAACCAUACAGCAUUGUCUUGAAGAUCGCAUUUGUGUACCUUACCUUUCUAUGGUCAGAACAUCGAUGCAUACCUAGUUCCUUCAAUCUACUAAAGGAGGUGUAGUUGUUUCAUCGUGCUAGCCAGUGUGUAAGCACUGACAUUUUAGCUCAUAGCAUUGUGUACUGUCACCGCGUACACAAAAAAAUUUUAAAUAAUAUCUUAUUUUUCUAAAAAAUAUUACCUUAUACGAUUUACAAAUACAAUAAUACAGCGGUAAUAGUGCAUAUUUUAUUAUUGUGGUUCGAUCAAUUGAGUUUCUUAAUGUAAACCACGUGCACGAAAAAUGGCGCACGGAGCAUGGAGACAACGGAAGCCAAUCCUUCUGUUGGCUCGGACUCAAUGGCGCCUGAGAGGAACUCCAUACACGAGGAUACUUCGAGUUUCAACAGCGGUUCUAACAGUGAGCAGGAACGAGAGGAACCUCAACAGGAAAAACGAAAACUGACCUCACAGGUAACGGUCGAUCCUCGGAUCGACGCGAUAUGCGAACAGGUGAGUUUGCUCACUAAUUUUAUUAUGCAUCAAUCCUGUGUGUCUAAUAUGACUUUGAAUCAGAAUGAUAGACCUACUGGUUGAAAACCCAAAUGAAAACAAUAACGAUUUCUUAACAAACCCGUCGAUAGCAUCAAAAUCCUUAUAUUUAGGUUUUUUGUAAGACUGACCUGGACGAUAAAAAUAUUCUACAGCCAGGUAAAACGCUUACGUCGUUUAAUCGAAUUGCAACAGUUUUAUUCACCUACAUGGCAAAAUAUAGGAUAUACGAAAACGUUGACAGAUAUGUUAGCUACACCACUACUAAUGCUCUGCUAUAUCAAAGAGAGCUAUUGCAAUCGGGUUUACAAGAAAUCGUCGGUUGGGCUAACAUAAAUCCAACCUACCUAAAUAUCGAUACCCUCUUUAAUAAAUUUACUAAAACAUUUGGAAAAUCGUCUUUGUCUUACAAGUUAUCCGAACAAAGUUUACAUAUAAUUGUUUGCGAUAAAAGAGCCGAAUGUAUAGAAUCAAGGUGCAAUAGUUAUGAUAAUAAAUUCUGGAUAAAAUUAUCCAAGCGGCCCUUUGCAAUAUACCCCUAGUGGAGUGUUCUCAUUUGAUAAUACAAAAUUUGGUAUGCGUUUAUUCAAUCUCUUGGUGGCCCACAUUUCUGGCUAUCACCUCCGCAAUCUUCUAACAAUAGAGAACAGCUGAAGAGAAAAUACAAAGAACAUACAUAUAAGGGUAUAGUCACAAAGUAAAAAUAACUUACACGACACCUAUAAGCAACAAAAGACAAAGCAAAUAUACAAGGGUAAAAGAGAGUGCUAACAAGCAAAACAUAAUACAACUAAGGAAGCAAAAAAAAAAUUAAAUAAAUAAUAUCCGAUAAACGUCAGAGUUACUGUCAAAAACCGGUGACAAGCUCUGGGCGCGAACAGUUUUUAACUUCAAUAAUAACGGGCUUUCGAAUACCCUUAUACAAGAAACCUCUUCUUUUAAUGCCCACAAAACGAAUAAUGCGUCAAUAUGCAACCAAGGCGUCAUCGGCCAUGAUGAAAGUGAUACAAAAAUUAUUAGACCAACAUAUACUGGAAGUAGUUCACAGGAAUUUACUCAGCUUUUAUCUCAAAGCUUUUUCUCCGGAACAGAAAAGGGGGUUCUAUGCGUCCGUUUUUCGACCUCCGAGAACUAAACAAAUUUGUAAAAACGAAACAUUUCCGUCUGAUCUUUCUUGCUUCAGUUCCCAGCUUUAUACAACCUGGAGACCGGAUGAUGAAGCUGGACAUUUCUCAGGUCUAUUUCUACAUACCGGCUGCAUAAUCACAUCGGCCAUUCCUGAGAAUCAGCUACAAAAGGCAAUUGUACCAGUUGACAUGUCUACCUUUCGGUCUGGCACCAGCACCUCAUCUUUUCUCAUCUGUAACAUGUUGGGUUGCGGAAACCCUACGUGCGAAGGGCUGUCGGGUUCUGGCAUACCCAGACGACUCCCUUCUGGUCAAUCAAGACCAAUCCAAGUUAUGUCUUCAGGCUGCGGAAGCCGUGAGGCACUUGGAACAUCUGGGCUGGCAAUUCAAUUACCAAAAAUUAAUCUUAAUACCUACCCAAGAUCUGGAUUACCUUGGUACUCAUUGACAGACCUCCGAAAAAUUCAAUAUCGUUGCCCACAGUAUAAACAUUCUCAACAAAGCUCUGAGAAAUUCGACGUUGAAAGGUCGCAUCACCCUUCGCGAAUUACAACGGUUGCUGGGCCAAUGAAACUUUGCCGAUUUUGUGAUUCUCAGACGCAGACUAGACGGUCGCAAUAUUCAAAGAUUCCUCAGAAGUUUCGACAGGAAAUGCCCCCGUCUAAAACAACUGAUUUCACAAGUAGUGGAACAGGAGAUAAAAUGGUGGCUCGGAGCCACAUGACUCAGGUGGCCAGUACAUCUACAACCUGCAUCCCAAUUCCUGGCAACAGAUGCCCCAGAUUCAGGUUGGGGUGCUCAAUCAAAACUACUGUCAGGAAUUUGGUCAGCUCAGCUAAAAACGAUGUUGAUGAGCUCCACAAAAAGGAGCUGUACGCAGUUAUAACGGCGAUCAGAAGGAACACAAAGGUUCUACGAAAUCCCCAUGUUCAAUCAGACAAUCGAACACUUGUAGCGUACGUUCGGAAGGAGGGUGGAUCAAAGUCACUGGCCUGUUGAAUCUAAAGUUCUAUCUCUUACACAUGACAAACAAGUUUCAGAUCACGUUAUCAGAGAUCAUGGACAUACUACAUAGAUGCCUUCAGCAGACCGUGAAGACAUCAACUAGCACGGGUGUUCCCUCCUUCAAAUUUAUUGCCAAAAGUACUGACACAUCUAAUCAAUACGACAGGAACGUCCCUAAUAGUGGCACCCGAGUGGCCGCGUGUUUUUCGACUGCAGAAUCUGAAAGCUAGAGCAUUGGAAUACCCACACGAAUUACAAAGCCUACCAAUGACCUUGUUAGAUGCCACAACGUCACAGUGUCCACCUCAGGUGUACACAUUGACCCUGAAAGUCUGGACAAUUAGGGGUGGGGUGCCCAAAUAAAAGAAUGGUCUACUCAGGAAAGAAAAAAAUUAAAGACAAUCAACCUUGUCAACCUACUUACCAGCCAUCAGAAAAUGGUUAAACUGGUGCGAAACCUCCCAACUAAAUCCUAAAUCUCUCCAACCUGCAGAGUUAACAAAAUUUUUGAUAUAUUAAUUUUUUAAAUGAGAAACUAUCUUAUAGCUGAAUCUUAGUACAUAAAUCCGCUGUCUUAAUUUUCAUAAUAAAACAUGCCCUUAAGGCUAUUAAUAAAGCUAAACCAAAAGUCGUUAAGCCAAUUUCCAUAUGGGAUCCCGAGGUUGUGCUCAGAUGACUUUCAUCACAAAUCCACCUAAAGAUACCCUUUUUGAAAUGUCUAGAACAGCUACAUCAGCGUGGUGUCUUGCAACACAGGUUUUGUACCCGGUGCGAGCACCGGUGCCCACAUUAUCACAUAUUGAAAUUGUAACCUAACACAGUUAUAUUGUUGUACAUAUCAUGGUGUGGAGAGGAUAAAUAAAAUUUCAAUUACAAUUUCAGCUACGGUUUUGUUGCUAGCAUCGGGUCGUAGAGUUCAUGACUUUACUUUGCUAAAAAUUGCAAAAGAUAUUUUUUGUGAUACUGGGGAAUAUAUAUACUUAAUACCGGAAUUUGGUUCAAAAAAUGACUCUCACUCAUAUAGACAAUAGGUAUGGUAAUUUUCAAACAUAACGACAUAUACAUAUGCCCAGUAACGUUAGUCAGGUCUUUGAUUGUUAAAAGUAAGUCUAAAAUAGGCAAAGUUGAGAACUUAAAUAAUCUCUUUAUUACAUAUUACAUACUAGGUAAUACACCUAAAGCUGCUUCUCGUUCUGUAAUAGGGAACUGGGGUCAAACAGUUCCUAUCCAAAGCAGCAUUGACGCCUCCCCAGGCAGUUGUAGAUUAGUAGUAGCAUCUUUAUGAUGGUCAGAUAACCAGCCGAUUGACGAUAUAUUAUUGUGCGAAAACUGGAAAUCAUCAGUCACAUUUUUUAAUCAUUAUUGACGUGACAUUGAUUUUCCUAAAAAUAAACAUGAUAUAUAUUUUUAAAACGUUCAGCGCGGUGUGAUUUUUGCCAAAUAAGUGUUACGCUUUUGAUCUUAGUUUAUUUUCAUACAAUUAAGAUUGCUUAAUAUUUUGUUUCUUUUUAUUAUCGUACGAUUUAUCUUCAAAAAUUUAAUUCAGCUGUAAUAAUACAAACGCUAGUACAUACAACAUUUUCAUUUUACAUUUGUAAUCAAAGUACACAAAAAUUGAUUUCUUUUUAUCGAAACACAUAUUUGCUUAUAUUAUAUAAAGUAGCAAAACCAUGAUAAAAAUAAGCAAAAGUCAAAUACUUAGUUAACUUAACAAUUAUUUUGAUGUCAGAUCUUACUAUCGACAUCAUCAUCAUCAUCAUCAUAGCAUUGUGUCUAUAAUAUGUUUCACCAGCAGAUAACAAACACGUCUUCAAGACAAUGCUGUAUGGUUUUCAAUAGGCACAUCAAUAUAACGGUUUUACAUAACAAUAAAACCGAUAUUAUGUGCCGAGAGGAAAACCAUACAGCAUUGCAGGAAGAUCUUCCUGGUGAAGACUAUGAGCUAAAAUGUCAGUGCUUACACACUGGCUAGCACGAUGAAACAACUACACCUCCUUUAGUAGAUUGAAGGAACUAGGUAUGCAUCGAUGUUCUGACCAUAGAAAGGUAAGGUACACAAAUGCGAUCUUCAAGACAAUGCUGUAUGGUUUUCCUCUCGGCACAUAAUAUCGGUUUUAUUGUUAUGUAAAACCGUUAUAUUAAUUUAAAUAAGAAUACCACUUUGAAUGCAAGAUUAAAGAAAUGCAACCAUAAACUUGAAAUGAAUUGUUGAUGAAAUAUAUGUAUUAUUAAAAGUUUAAAUAAGUUUAUGAGUUGUGCUUUGUUUUAAAAAUCAAGAAUUAAAUUAUAAGCAAAAAAUAUUUUUUUGGGGGUAAGAAAGGCGAAAUUUUCUAAAGGUGAUACAUUCUACGAUCAUUAGUUCCAGUCAGUAAAAUGACAAGUGCAACUGUCACUGAAGUGACAUUUUUUAGUGACAGUUGCACUUUUCAUUGGACUAGUAAAAUGACAUUUCAGUGACAGUUGCACCUGUCAUUUUACUGACUGGAAUUAUUAAUAGUCAGAUUUUCACGCGGUUUUCACAGGUAGAUUAACUAAAGUUUGGAGCGGAAUAUAGGCUUUGUUUCAGCAGAAUGAUAGAUCCAAGAAAAUAUUAGAAAAACAGAUUGAUAUGAUAUUGCUAGCAUAAGCCAAAUAUAAUAGAAAAUGAUUUCAUAAAACAUCAAUUCAUGGCAAGUUUAGACAUAGCAUAUCUUUAAUUGUCGCUUGUAGAGUCGGAAACUGUUAUCUCAACGUUUAAAGGUUUACUAAAAUAGGUACGUCAAUAUUUCAUGUUGAAUGUACUGUGUACAUUCAUUUUUGUAAAUUUUUUCUACAGAGGGUUUGUUUGCGAUAUAACCAAAUGGGUUUUAUGUUGAUAGUUGAUUGCAUUUUUAUGUUAGAAUAAAGUAUGUUCUAUCAAUUUAAUGUUGAUUAUAUUAGUAUAGACAAAUAAAACUAUUGAAAAAAUCUAUUAAA